AUGUCUGAUACGCCCAACGACCAUCUUCAUGGCAUCCAGAGGAAAUCAGGCGUUCAAAUGCCUCAUGACGAAAGCGAAGCAGCCAAUGUGCCUCCGGCCGCUCUAUCAACGUCUAUUUCAACGAUUGAAGACAUAUACCCUUCCCUCAAGGCCACAGCCAGGUCAUUACGGUCCCUCACUGCUCCACAACAAUUCGACCAACUGGUCACGGUCAUUCCCGUCUUUCUCAGUGCCACUCAAUCGAUCCUUCGAAACUUCAGGGCCGACACCUUUCUUAUGAGCUUCUCUACGCCAGCGGCCAUACACAAUGCCAUUGCUCGCACGUGUCUGAAUGUGCGCGAUUGGGUGCGACGGCUUUCCGGGCAGGAGCCGCUUGUGGAGAACGAAAUAAAGCAGACCAUCCAAAUGACGGAUUCCAUUUUACACUGUCUAUUCCUCCUCCAUCAAACCUCGGACGCUUUGAAAGAGAGAAUCGCACGGAAGCCUUUACCCGGCAUGCCUGGAAAUGAGACAACAGAAGAGGAUGCGCCGAAUGAUGACGACGAGGCCCGUCAUUCUCCAACCGCUCCGACAUCAGCCAGUGUCAGUGGAUCUUCGCUUGGACGGGAAACGCGCCGAAGCGAGACUCUCAGUCCAAUAUCUCCUCUUGAAGAAACCCCAACAGAUGCGGCACGGUUUGAAACUCUCCAGUCGUUCUUAUACGAUUGCAGUGAUCCUGCCUCGCCAGCCGACACAGUCGAGAUGCCCAUACCCGAGCUUAUGAUCCACACGGACACAGACGGGCAUCUCCAAGCCGCGUCAUUCUCUUCAUUGGUCCUCCUUCUCACCUCAUUCCAAGCACUUGGUUUGGAUGAAAACAUGGCGGAGACGUUUUUCCUCUCCUUCCGUCUUUUCAGCUCCCCCGAAAAACUGAUGGACGUCUUCGAGGCCCGGUGGGAUGUACCAAAACCCCCUUCCGCAUAUGAACUCUCACCGAGUCAAGAGCGUGUGUGGCAAAGACAUGUCGUGCAUGUUCGCAACUCAAUCGCACAUCUGGUCAUCACGUGGCUCGAAGACUAUUGGCGGCACGAUAAAGAUAUCAGCAUCGUCGCCCGCUUGCGUUCCUUUAUCGAGGGCUUUAAGCCCAACGGGGUCUUAGAAUCGGACGCAGACCUAGCCAUCAAGUCGUUGGAGCUAGCCCUCGAGCGCAAAUUCUUGACCAGAUUCGAGCAUGCAAAAGCAGCAGCCGCGAGUCGUAAGACUCCCGAGGUUGUAGCAGUGCUGCCCUUUGCAAUCCAUGGCGCCUGUGAUUUCGAUAUAUUGGGCCUAAAUUCGCCACAAGGUGUUGCGCAGCUUUCUGAACAAUUCGCAUGGAAAAGCCAGUCACAUUAUCUCAAGAUUGACCCAGAAGAUCUUGUCCGCUCAUGGCUCGCCGAGGCUCCGUCGUUUUGCGAACUCCAGCGGUUCGAAGAAAACACGCUAGUUUGGGUUGUUCAUUCUGUAGUGACGCAGGAAUCCCGAGCUGACCGAGUUCGGAUCGUCCAGUUUUGGCUUGCAGUUGCCACGACCUCUGUGGAACUGCGAAACUUUUCUGCUGCUUCGUCUAUCUUUGGUGGCCUAGUUUAUGCUAGUGUGGAGCGACUAUGGAAGACCAUCCUGGAGCUCAGUGUUGAAAGCAAAGAGCAAUACCGGGCGCUUGACAACUUGCUCAAUGGCUAUAACAACUACUCCGUUUAUCGACGCGCUGUCGCCGCUUACGAUCUUCCGACCGUCCCGAUUAUGACUGUCCUGCGCAAGGACGUCAUCUCAGCGAAACAGAUAACCGGCAUGCCUCAAAACAUCGAGGGCAGAGGCGACGAAAAACUCAUUAAUCUUCACGCUUUUCGAAAGCUCAACACAGUUAUUCAGUUCAUGGAAUCCUGCUUCGUCAUCUACAAGAUUGACCCACUACUCAGACACCAGGGUCUCAUCUUAGGCCAAACGACAGUUCCGCCGGACAUGAUUGCAGACAUGGAAUUCGAAGCAGACAGGCUCAGUCUCGCUCUCGAGCCCACUCCCCCGAAAUUCAUCAAGAAGGGCCAAACAUGGCUGCAGGUCAUAGAUGGCUCGGUUGACGACCCUACUUUCUCAUUUACCAUUCACGAUCUUCCCGCGCAAGCGGAUGCAUCCACAUCAGGGCCUUCUUAA